AUGGCAUUUUUCAAAAGUUUUCAGCAGAGUCUGCCUUCAGUGUCCUCCUUGGUAGACACAAUCAGUAGUGCCGUAGAAGAUUUGAGCACUGCAGUUGGGGAAGUCAGCUAUGCCAUAACUGACUCAGUCGCUGGGCAGGUGGCAAAUAUGAUGCAUGGCUUUUGCCCAGAGGAGGAAAGCUGCCCAGCAGAACAGGCUACAGGGUCUUCUGAAGGAAAAAAUGCAGUAUUGCAGGAUACCAACAAAAACAUUGCUUGUCAGAAAACACACUCUGACUUAGAGCACGAGGCAAAGCAAAUAACCUGGUGCAGCAGUGGAGCUCCACAAAAGCAAGAAGAAAUUCAUGAGCAGGGGGUUAAUGUUCACGAUGGGCAGUGGUUGCCCACAGAGUACCAGGAAACUGGAGAGGCUGGUGGCGCUGCUUUGAGAGGCCUCAUGAGUGACGGGCUGUCAUCCGUCAAGCAGAGCAUGAGGGCCUCACCCUCUUGUCAUGCACUGGAAUGCACUGACAGAUGUGAAACAGCUGGAAUUGGAAGCUCCACAAAUGCUAAGCCUGAUUUAAAGGAGGUAAGUUAUCAAGUGAAUGGAAGUCUGAACACCAGUGGACAAAACAUUCUGUCUGAGCAGAGCUGCAAAGCCACAGGUAACCCUAAAGCCAGAUCGCAGCAUGCACCCAUGGGAAGAGAGCAAGAGGACUUGAGGGACUUCACUAAAAAUAAACAUUUUACCGAUUUAAAAUAUUCUGACCAUGUAGAAGAGGCUAAAGAACAGAAUAAGCAUGCUGGAUUCAAAGGGAAUGAAUGUUCAGGAAAGAAGUCUUCUCCAGAAGAUACCACAAGAAGUAACAGGUACAGGGCACGGAAGUCCACUGUGGAGGAGUACACAGGUUCAGUUCCACCAGCAAAUUGUAAAAAUAAGUUUCCUGGGAAAAUCAAAGAAAAAAUGAAUCCAGCAAAAUACUACAAAGUAAAAGGAGACAUAAAAGCAAAAAAAAACGACGCUAACUCUGCUAAGAGAGGAACAGCAAAGAGUAAAGUUGGCAAAUAUUCUAAAAUAUUACCAGAAAAAGAUAAUUCCUAUUUGGACAGAGAUGAGCCUGGUUCAUCCUCUGAAAGUGAAGAUGAGGCACUGGGUAAAUACCAUGAGGCCUUGUCCAGAACACAUACUUCCAGGUGGCCCCUGGUAGACUCUAGACACAAGAACUACGCCUGGGAAACGAGGCAGAAGUACAGCCCUCUGUCUGCAGAGUAUGACGGGUACAGCAGCGAAGCAUCCAUGGAGGACGGAAACUGCAUUCAGAGAAUGAGAAGGACACCGCCAUUGGAUGAGCUGCAGCCACCGCCUUACCAAGAUGACAGUGGUUCUCCUCACCUCUCGUGCACACCCUCUGAAAUCGGAGAUGGGAAGUGUGAGAUUUCCCACUGCAGCAACAGCCCACGGCGUUCUUUCAGCAAGUGUCCCAGCGAAGGGAGCACAGGUCAUGAGGCAGAGAGCUUCCAUAAUAAAGGCUUGGAAGAUGAUGUCCCUAGCGACAGCACUGCAGUCCUUAGCCCUGAGGACAUGUCAGCUCAAGGAUCCUCCUCACAGCUUCCUAAACCUUUUGAUCCAGAGCCGGAAGCUAAAUAUGGCACACUGGAUGUGACUUUUGACUAUGACUCACAGACACAGAAGCUUCUGGUGACGGUGACAGCUGUCACAGACAUUCCGACAUAUAACAGGACAGGUGGCAACUCGUGGCAGGUGCACCUUGUUCUUCUACCUAUAAAGAAGCAGAGAGCCAAAACCAGCAUCCAGAGAGGACCAUGCCCUGUCUUCACAGAAACAUUCAAAUUUAACCACGUUGAAUCAGAGAUGAUUGGAAACUAUGCAGUUAGGUUUAGAUUAUACGGUGUCCAUCGCAUGAAGAAAGAAAAGAUUGUGGGGGAAAAGAUUUUCUAUUUAACAAAAUUGAAUCUUCAAGGGAAAAUGUCGUUACCGGUGAUACUGGAACCUUCUUACAACCCUUCUGGCUGUGACUCCCAGGUGAGCUUGUCAGAGGCAUCCUGUGGUGAGAGCACAUCCUCCUGUCAGUCUCUGGAACAUGGGUCUGUUCCAGAAAUCCUCAUCGGGCUCCUAUACAACGCCACCACUGGAAGGCUAUCAGCAGAAGUGAUCAAAGGCAGCCACUUCAAAAACCUGGCGGCAAACAGACCACCCAAUACAUAUGUUAAAUUAACACUGCUGAAUUCCAUGGGCCAAGAGAUGUCCAAAUGCAAGACAUCCACCCGCAGAGGGCAGCCAAAUCCGGUGUACAAGGAAACGUUUGUCUUUCAAGUGGCCUUGUUUCAGCUCUCCGACGUGACUCUGAUCCUGUCUGUGUAUAACAGGCGCAGCAUGAAGAGGAAGGAGAUGAUAGGCUGGGUCUCCUUGGGUCUGAACAGCUCCGGGGAGGAGGAGCUCAGACACUGGACUGCCAUGAAGGAGGCCAAGGGACAGCAAGUGUGCAGGUGGCACGCACUGCUGGAGUCCUGAGGAAGGCGGCUGCAAGCCCGCACUGCCAUUGUCCUCUGCUCAGCAUCUGGAGCCACUACCUGGAGAUCCCGGUCAACGCCCUCCCACAGUGCUUCCCACUCACGGAAAGAUCAGCCAGUGCCGAGCCGAGGGGAGAAAGCUCUGUCUCUGGGAGAGAGAGCUCACAUGAGAAACCAAGAAACUUGUGUCAUUAGUGUCCAGCAGUCCUCCAGAAACUGAAUAACAUACUUUUGAUUUGGUUGAUUUUAUUUAGUGAAAGAGCUAGGAAUUUUGUGGAGAUUGUGACUUAAAAGCAGAAUUUCCAUUGCAGCACUAUGUACCAUCAUUCACAUGCUACCCACAAGACAUUCUGGCGGCCUGUCCUUGGGUGGCUCUCAGUGAUCACAGGCCUAUGUCAAGAUGUGAAGGUUCACUCUCACUAACGAGUUCUGUUUCAGAUUUGUUCUCUCUGUGCCUAAACCUUUGUCUAUAGUACUAAACCCAAGUGCAGAAUUCCUUGAAGGAAAGUCUGAGGUUGGUUUGUUUGGUUUAUUUCUUUACUUCUUUUUUUUUUUCUGAUCCAAAGAGACCAUGCUCCUCUGGUCCCUUGUGAACUUCUUUGACUGUACUGCAAACUUCAUAACUUCAUGUUCAAGCCCUUUGUGUAUUAUGUAUCUCAGUGUAGGACAUGGCAGAGCACAGCUCCCAUUAAGAUUGCUUUCAGUGGUCAGUCUUUACAGCUGUGUGAGGUGGCAGACAGAGUGGCUAGCUGCUGACAGUGCAGUACAGCUCUUGUCAGAAGGAAUUCUGACAUCUGUCGCAAAUGUCUGGUCUCCAACAACAGUAAAACGGGUAGCAUUCUGAACAGGGGCUCCCCGAGUCCGUCCCCACCCCUCCCACUUCACUGUGGCUCUCAGCUCUGCUCUAGCUAAGAUCAUUCUGGAUCCUUUGCUCUCGUGACUUGUGCUGUGUCUUGUGGCGUCUUCAGCGUGAUGUCACUCUGUGCCUUUCAUGCAAGUUGACCUUGCUUACACAGCUGGGAAGCCGCACUUGUGAACUGGGCCUUUAGCACUCAUAGGUGUGAAGUCCCUUGGCAGUGCCAUGGCCUUGCUCCGCUCUGCAGCUCGAGGUCAUGUGCUGUGCUGGCCUCCACACCGCGAGCACCUUCCUGUUUUCACACUUCAGAACCACAGGUCAACUGGAAAUAGUAUAAGCUAUUUUCUUUUUUAUUUUUCUUCUUACCUGAUGUAAAUUUUUAUGCAUAGACUUUAUUAGAAUAUGUUUUGUGUACAUGAAAAUACUUUCAUUUUGCUCUUUCUCAUUUCUAGUUAAGUUAGACAAAAACAUACUAUUUACUAACUGGUGAAAAGCUGCACCAUAGCUCCAAUCCCAGCUGAGCACUUUGGACUGUUACUGUGACUGAGAACUCAUCAGUGCCAUACUCGCUGUAUGUGGCAGUACUGAAAGGCCUUAAAAACAAACCGUGAACUUAUACAUUUUUAGCUUUCAAACACAGCAUUUUAAGGAAAGGAAAAUGCAAAUAAGAUGCACAAAGUUAGUUUAAGGACGAAAGUUUCAGAGCCCAGCAUGUGGCUCAUCUCUGUAAUCCUAGCAUUUGAGAGGCUGAGGUUGUAAGCUUGUGGCCAGCCUAGGCUACAUAGUUCCUGGCCAUUCUGGGCUACAGAGUGAGAACCAUCCCCCAAAAAAAUCUUGUUACAAAGUUACAUUAAAAAGAAAACAUCCUUCUAUCCUUGGUUAGUGAGCUUCCUAAGAUUGCUUUUUUUAUAAAGUGCGUCAGCUUAGAAAUUAAAACAUGAACAAGAAGCAAAAUAGUUGAUUUUUAGGUGUUAUUGAAGAACAGAGUGAGGCGAACUGUGAAGAAGGAUAUAGGCAACAGUAAAAAUUGGAUACAGGCAUUUGAUGCUUCAGUGAGCUUUUGCUGGCUUUGAAACAACUGCCUGCAUGGCUAACAACUGCUGUCUUCCUAAUAAAGUCUCUGGUCUUCUUUGUCACAAAGCUCAGUUGGACAUUAUAAGACCAGCUUGGUGCUUCCACUGUGUUGAGAGGAAAAUCUGUUAUUUGUUAAGCCUCCUUUCCGGAGACUGUGCCCAGAGCUGUGUAUCCUCCCAAAGAUCCUCAGGGGUGUCUGGCAUGGGGUAAGUAUCACUUCCUGUAUGACCUGGAAGGUGAUUUCAGUCUUCUUUAACAUCAGGAACAGUGAGUCCUCAGUGGUUAUAGAUGGCCCCACACGCAGCGUGCUGUGCUCACACAGUGGCGAAGGCGCCCUGCCUUUUCACAUACUGAUUAGGACAGAAGGCAGCGCUCUGGGCCAUAGGGUGCCUUUUCUCUUCUCUGGAUGACUUCCAAAGUGAUACUAAGUUUGGAGCCAGAUGCUGCCAUUCUGUUGCAUAUAGAGCAGAAACACAUCUUUUUCUGUCCUGCGAUUUAACACAAAUACUUCUCAAAUUAUCUGGGCCACAGAUGUUGACCCAGGAACUUGAAAAUGACAGUCUACACUCUUAUUAUUCUGUUAAAAUCAAAUGAAAUGUCCAGAUUCAACAGUUGACUGGCAUGUGAGUAUUCAAGAGCCUAGAUUCCCGGGUCUUCCCAGUGUGGCUGUUGAGAACUAGCCAGAGGUGCAGAUUGUCAGACCUUUCAAACUUCUGCAGCCUUGGGGCCUGAAAGCUAGCCACCUUCUAUUUGACAUACAAUUGUGUAUUACCUCAUGGCACACUGGGAAAUUCUCCGUAGUGUUGUGUUCACCGACAAAAGUCAUUCAGUAGACCAUAUUUAGAGCAAAUACUUAAGCUGCCUAGAUGACUGUUGCUGUUGUGCAGUUGGGCCCUGGCAGGGUCAGAUCUGAUCUAUGUAAAACACAGCUCUGUCUGCUAAAUCACUGCUGCCUCUAUGAGCCCGGAGCACAGCCAGUGACUGCAUCAACAGGGGAGCAGAGACGGAGACCAGGCUGGUUUUGGCCAUGAGGAAUACAAAUGAUAUCACAGCUUUCUGAGGGAACUAAGAGACAGGUGAGCUGUUUGAACGGUACAGGGGAUAAGGCCAGUGAUCACCAAGUGUUUUUUGUUUUUUUCUUUUAAAUCCUUGUUGGGUAUUAAUAGAAAUAACACAAAGUUCAUUUGUGUAAAGCUACCAUUUACCUCCAUAGACUGAAGAAUUGAUAGAAAAAUUCACAGUUGUUCUCCACAAGUUUCUUUUUCCUACUUUCUUUAUAAUCCAGGGUCCUUUCUCUUCAUUUCUAACUUUUUACGUGUCAAUUGAAGGUGGCUGUCAGUGUCAGUGUCACCAGCCAAUCUAACACCACGGCAAGGUGAGGCAAGCAUUCAAGCCCCUAGAACCACACCCACACCCUCCAAAGUUACACACUGGUGACGACACGGCUGUAACUUAGUGAAGAUACGAAGAGGCAGGUACAGCAUCAGGGUUUAUCCAGGUAGAAGGUGCUGCUGAAGAAGCCGAGGCUGCCCCCUUUAAGUAACCCGCACUGGAACUGGGGUCCUCCAAAUCCACAUGGUAUCUUCACUCUCUUCAUUGUGGGUAGAAAGAGCAGCAUUGGGCAAGUCCUGCACAGCCCAGCUGAGUGGCUGAGACAGGCCCAGGAGAGCAGAGCUUAGAAAGAAAAAACACAGUUCAGGGCUUGCCUUCUCAGGACACAGCAGCACUAUUUUAUAACUUGUGGGUAAUUCUUAUUUUUAAGGACUUGGGAUUUGUUUGUUGUGUCUACACUGUACUUAUAUCCUGAAAAUAUGUUGAUUCACUUGCUCUUCUCCACCAAGGUAUUUUCAUUGCCUGUAUACACCUUUCUACCCCGUGAAACGACAGAAUAUCUGCUACCCUGUAUUCAUGUGAGGGGUCAGAGGAAAGACUGUUAGCCUUCCUAUGCAUGCUUAUCCAAGUUUGUUUGUUUCUUUGUUAAAGUUUGCUACUAUGACAAGAUUCACCUCUAGCUUCCUUCUGCUUUGUUGUUAGUGCUUGCUGUGUGUAGCGUCUUUGUGAACCGUUUUUCUAACAGGAGCCACACAGCAAAUACUGAUGAAUGAUGUCGUUAUUGUAGAACCAACACUGCUGUUGUGAAAGCCUUGUUCACUAAGGUGGGUUUUCUUUUCUUCUAAUAUGUAUGUGUGAGACUCUCAGCUGUGUGCCGUGUGCUACUGUAGGGGCUACAGUUCGGACGGGCAGUCUUCUCUCACGAUCUUGUGUGUUAAGGUACUGAGGCAGGCAUCAGAUGGUGUCUUAUUGUAGGAGGUUAGAGAGAGGCAUGUGCAGGGCCCUGGGGUUGAAUAGGAAAGUAUACAGUAAGUUCAACAAUACUAUGAGAAGAUAAGAAAAAUAGGAUUUGACUCCCAUCAAACUCCCCCAGAUAAAACAGACAGUUGCUCUUGAGUUGCAAUGUGCCUAAGAAUUCUCCCAAGGCUCUGUCCAGAGAUUCUGUUUCAUUUGGUGCAGAGGAAAGCCUGAGAGUCAGGUCUGAAGGAGUUCCGCAGGAAACCCUACCUGGACAACACCGGGAUAUAAUACUUUGUUUCUUAUCUGCGAUUAUUGGCAGCAGUUUCAGUGCCCAUAGAUUAAGUCUUAACGUUAGGUAAUUGUGAGGAAGCCAGCUUCUUGGGAAUGAGGAAUCACAUUCUCUCCUGAACUCUCUCAUGUUGCUUUAAGCGGGACAGUUUCCAAAACUAUAAAACUGAAGUUAAUACUGUAAAGUUAGAGGAAGGCCUUUCUUAAGUUGAGGGUGAUAUUUUGGCAGUCUUGCUGGAUAAAUACUAAAGAUAUUAAUAUGUCUUGUAAUGUACCACAUUGUUGGCUGAAGGGAAACCAGGACAGCUUUGACAAGUAUACUGACACUACUGAAAUAUGAUUAUUUCAAGCACAGCUAGAAAUGUAUGGUGAUACGUUUAUCAAGAGAAAAACUGUAGUAGUAACAUUUUAAAAAUUAAUUUAUUAUGUUUCUACCUAGUUUUAUUACAAUAACUUUUUUGUGGAAACAGUAUAGCAAUUCUGAGGAGCUGAAAGCUGACACAAAGGGAACAGCCUUUGCCUUAGCUGGCAGUGGUGGCCAUGCCCUAGCAACUUGGCUGGGCUUGUACCUGAAUCCUGAAAUGAGGAAGUGUCUCAGCACUGUUUCUCAGUGCUUGCACUAUGAACUCUUAGAGUCUGGUAAGUGUUAGAACCUACUCCUUUUCUAAAACUCAAGAGGUUCAUCACUGCUCUGGGGCUUUGCUUCUCAAAAUAACAUGAUUUUUAUAAAAAAACUCAGUCAGCGGAUCUUUUUAUUUGAUAUCCCUUUCUCUUUUUCCCUUCUCUUCUCUCUUCCUUUCAUUCUUUCAGUUUUUGAGACAAGAAGCUUCCUUAAUAGUUUAGUUUCUAUGGAGCUUUCUUAUUUUUCUAAUAAUGGGUGUAGCUGAAUGGUGACGUUUAACUGCUCUGUGAGCAGAAUUGUCUCAGCCAACCUGAAGAAAUGUGCUUCCUUUGGUCUCCCCUGUCUCUCUCCUGUUCACUGGUGACUUUCCCCCAGGAGUAGCGUUUGCUCAUGUACAUGCUAUGUUCCUGUGGUCCUCAACAGCACUGUGUUGUCGCCACAUGCUUAUGUUCACUUGGUCAAGGUAGAAGCUGAGUGUGUGAGCCGCCAUCUUGUAGAGUGAACGGCUGACCCACCGUGUGUCGCUGGGGUUGCGCUGUGCGUCCGUUGCCUUUGAAGUCUCACACCUUCUUUUGUACUCUACACCGACUGUCGCGGUGCCUUUUUCCUUUUGUAUAAUUGUAUUACAUAAAGAAAUUGCUGACCUGUGUGUAAAAAUGUCAAAAAUACACCAGUCCAAGGAGAUUUUAAUGGCAGUUCAAUUUUCCAGAGAAUAAAUUUUUG